AUGGGACCUAUCAAGGAAGCAGCCCUAGACCUCACAGUAGCAGAUCUUCUAACUUCUGAGCUAAAAUGGAACAAGAAAAGAAUUGAGGAACUCUUACCCGAGCUUUCAACGCAGAUUCUAUGUAUCAAACCAAGUUUAACAGGGGCGGAAGAUUCUUUUAUCUGGCACCAAACUUCAUCCGGUCUGUAUACCACAAAAUCUGGCUACUUUGCUGCAAGUAUGCCCCUAAAUCAAACAUGUUUAGCAAGAGCAGAAGGUGAAUUCAGUUGGAUUAGAGAUGUCUGGGCAGGAAAAUUCUCACCAAAGAUGAAAACUUUCUUAUGGUCGAUCCUCCAGAAAGCUAUAUCUCUUGGAUCAAAUCUGCAAAGAAGAGGAGUAACGUCAGCAGCAGGAUGUGUACGCUGCCAAGAAACAGAGACGGAUGUGCAUUGCUUCUUUACCUGUCAGUAUGCGCAGAAGGUAUGGGAACUCGUUCCCCUCCACAGAGCAGUUCACCUAGCUGCAGUCACAACUUUCUCAGAUGCGGUGGUCCAAUUCAGGAAAGCCCUUUGCCUCCCGCCCUCAGGUAUUACUCAAAAUAUCCUCCCUUGGAUAGUGUGGUCUAUCUGGAAGUCCAGGAACACUUUGAUCUUUGAUGGUCGAGGCCAAACACCGGGGGAAACAGCAUUGAGGGGAAUCAAGCUAGCAAGAGAAUGGUCAACGUCGCAAGCACAAGGUGAAAAAGGAAUCAAAUUAUCUCAGACUAAACGUGGCCAAACGCGAGCUUCGCAUCGAGGAGUUACAGAUUUAAAUCGAGUUACCUGCAAGACGGAUGCGGCUUGGAACAAGGACAACCUGAUGGCGGGUUUGGCUUGGAUUUUCUCAGGCCAAAAGCUCGAGGUCCCAAUCAAAGGAUCAGUGAUUGAACGCUCGAUCGGAUCACCCCUAAUCGCAGAAGCCUCCGCAUUGAGAUCAGCCCUCUGCAUGGCGAUCACUCUUGAGAUCACCGCUCUCGAUGUGUUCUCCGACAAUCUAACGCUCGUACGAGCAAUCUCCGGCAUCACUCAGGCUAAGGAAAUCAUCGGGAUUGUGAAAGACAUCCGGUCGAUAUCUACUGAGCUUGCAUCAAUUUCGUUUUCGCAUUUCUCUCGAUCUCUGAACGCUGAGGCUGAUGCCUUAGCGAAAGAGACUCUUCGAGCUUCCAUUCCGUUGUAA